GUGUGAUGAGGGCUUGUGGCCGGUAUGAGGCGUGGGUGCCGGUGAACGGCAGUGAGCGAUGACCAGGCUUCUGGGCCUGGCGCACAGAGUGGCUUUGGCUGCCUUGCGUUGCGGUGGCCGCAGCUGCCGCGGGCUCGCCAUGUUUUAUGCCGUGAGGAGGGGCCGCAAGGCCGGGGUCUUCCUGACCUGGGAUGAAUGCAGAGCCCAGGUGGACCGGUUUCCUGCAGCCAGGUUUAAGAAGUUUGCCACAGAAGAGGAAGCCUGGGCCUUCGUGAGAAGCUCCGCAAACCCUGAUGGUUCAGAAGGGCAGAAAAAUAAACAUGUACAGGAGUCACAAGUGAAGGCAAACAAGCGACUUCAUGAGCCCUUGGACGAAGGUGAAGGUGAAACCACAGAGCCGUGUGCAAAGCACAUGAAACAGAGCACAGAACCGCUGCCUUCAGUGAGCAAAGACACAUUUUCUUAUAUGGGGCACUCUGUCGUCGUCUACACGGACGGCUGCUGCUCCAGUAAUGGGCGGAGGAGGGCUCGAGCAGGAAUCGGUGUUUACUGGGGGCCAGGCCAUCCUUUAAAUGUAGGAAUUAGACUUCCUGGGCGACAAACAAACCAAAGAGCAGAGAUUCAUGCAGCCUGCAAAGCCAUCGAACAGGCAAAGGCUCAGAACAUCAAUAAGUUGGUUCUCUACACAGACAGCAUGUUUACUAUCAAUGGCAUCACUAAUUGGGUGCACAGCUGGAAGAAGAGUGGAUGGAGGACCAGCACAGGGAAGGAGGUGAUCAACAAAGAGGACUUCAUGGUGCUGGACAGGCUUGCCCAAGGCAUGGACAUUCAGUGGAUGCAUGUUCCUGGCCAUUCGGGAUUUAUAGGCAACGAAGAAGCUGACAGAUUAGCAAGACAAGGCGCGAAGCAACCUGAAGACUGACCAGUUUAUCUGCUGAAGAGCCUGAGCCAUUUGUCCCGUCGUUUCCCACUGUCAGUUUUGUCGCUCUCACGAUCUCGAGGUGCUGUCCGGUGUUUUACUCUCUCCUCGGGAUUUCCUGCAAAUUGGCGGCUGGAUCAGAGGCUUGAUCACAGUCAGGCUCCACCCCUUGGGCACAUGUGUUACCUGCUUUCAUCAGAAGGCAGAGCGGUUUUCAUCCUUUUGUUGUUGGCAGCUGCCAGUGCUCAGGGCCUAGAAUACUGAUACGCUGUCAUUUUGCUUACGUUUAUUGGCUGGAACAGUUUUAGAAGCUACUUCCCCUCACCUGAUGCUGGCGCUCAGUGUGGAAUUCACGUACAAAAGGCGGGAUAAAUGCUAAGAUUGGCUCCCGGUCAUCCUAAAAAGGUAGCCCAAUUAGGGGGUUUUAUUUAUAUAUUUUUAUAACAUGUAAACCUACGUAUAUGUCACGAACUCAUGUACUUAAGCCUGUUAGAUGGGUUUCAGUCCAUCGCAAUUUUCCUCUUUAUUGAACCCAAAUUGCAGCGGCUUUGGCCUGUAGGAGCGAGCCUCUUCAAGUUGGCUCUUGAUUUCUUUUGAUAUUCAUAUAUGUACACAUGCAUGCACAGACACACACUGACCACACACAGACACACUCACGCACAGACUGCACACGGUCAUAGAGAGCUUUCUUGCAGUCUGAUGUGUCAGGGUGUUCUAGACCCAUCUUGUACUUUCCUGCUCUAGACCUGGAAUUGGCUUUUUCUCUAAGGAUCUGUAGUUUCUUUUAAUGGGAAAAAGAGGUAUUUCAGAUCCUUGGUGCUCAUUGCUACAGGGUUGGUGGUUGAUUCUAGGGCUAAAAAAUACACACGUGUGCGCACCCACAUUUAAAGAGAAAGUGUUUUCUGAGCUCAUGUUGACAGUCGUAAAACAAACUCAGGAUUCCAGGACAUUCAGCCUCUUCCAUGUUACAGCUGUGUCUCCUACACUGAGAUCCCGGUUCUCAGGCUGUGGGACUACGGAGCAGAAUAUUCCUAAUUACACACUUGCUUGUUCUACUUUAACAUGUACUACGUGGAUACUAACCCUAAUAUACCAUUAAUUACAAUGAAAACAGCACUGGAGCCACACCGUCAACUGUUACUUAGUAAAAUCUCUCCCCGCUGCCCUCAUUUAGUCUUAUUUCCAUGUACUUAAUGCUCAUAACCAGUGUUUAGGUCAGUGUCAGCUUGGGAACCAUACUCCCUGGGCUUCUGUAUGUUGAAUUCAGCUUGUGUCCUUUAUACUUGAAGUUUUGUAGAAUACGAAAUCCUUGCCUACGUUUUCUUUCCUUGAGUGUCUUAAAUAUUCUGUUUUCUUCCAGCAUAAAGUGAUGCAUGAAGAGCCUGAUGAAUCUUAUUUUCUUUCCACGUCACGUACUCUUUGUGCUUAGAUGUCCAAAGGGCUUUUUCCUCUUUCUCAAGUCAGCAGUUUUAUUAGAAUGUAUCAUGUGUUGGUGGCCCUGGGUCACUGUUUGCAGGUAUGUGGUGUGCUUUUUCUGUGUGUAUUUUCAAAUCUACUGUUUCAAGAAAGUUUCCUUGAAUUGUGGCCUAGUGCUCUGUUUUAUUUUUUGCUUUGGUUUUCUUUUUGGGGGGACCCCUGUUACCUGUUGAAAUCUGAUUUACCCAUCUUCAGUAUUUGCCAGUUUAUCUUGAAUCUUUUAUCUGUCUUAGAUUGCUUCCACGUCUUGGCUGCUGUAAAUAAUGCUGCUAUGAACAUAGGGGUGCACAUAUCUCUAGAGGUCUGUUUUCAAAGAGGGCAGUUAAAGGGAAGGGGUCUGCUGAGCUAUGGAUUCCCCCUGGCAGAAUCCCUGGGUCCAGGAGGGUCCUUGCUCAGCUGAGGCUUUUGAAUCCCACCCUCUGUCCUCUCAGCCCACGUCCUCUAUAGCCAAACAUGGACCUUCUCCAACACCACGGUGUCCUCUGUACCGGGGGUCUAUAUGAUGAACAGGGUGCCCCAUUCAGGUAUGCGACAUGCUUCAACCUAACACUUUAGAACCCGGGGGCCAAGUGAAUGUUAGUGUCCCCAGAUUCCUGUGUUGAAGACCUGACCCCCAGUAUGGCCCUAUUUUGAGAUGGGGAUGUUUGUCUCUUUCUGUUAUGAGUGCUUGUCUUAUGUUUUGUUCUUGUGUGUUUAUUAAAGUCUGAUGGGCAA